UACAUGAUUCCUUACGAUAACAAUUAUUUAAUUAUUAUAAAAAAAUUCACCUACUGAUCCGUAAUAACUCUCAACUGAGAAAGAAACAACAAAGAACCUUCCAAUCUGUUGCACCGUACAGGAAUAUUUGUUAAAAAUUCACCUGUUUGCCGUUCCUAAAGUAAGUUUUUCUGAGAACAAUAUUAGUUUUGAAGAAGAUAGCAAAAUUGUUUAACGAUGAAUCCCAAGGAAAUGAUGUCUGUACUAAGAAAUAGUUAUGUGAGCGGAAAAACUCGACCUUUGGAAUAUCGAAUUAAACAAAUACGAAAUUUGAAAAGAAUGUAUUUAGAGAACAAGGAACUCAUUAUUGAUGCAUUAGCUGCAGAUCUUCAUAAAUGUAGGCAUGAAUCUAUCGUGAUGGAAAUUAUGUUUCUCAUAAAUGAUCUGGAUAACAUUCUUGCUAAUAUCGAGGAAUGGGAGAAACCUGAAGUUCCUGAAAAACCUCUGGUCAACGUAUUGGAUAAGCUAUACAUAUUCAAUGAUCCUUACGGAGUGGUUUUGGUUAUUGGAGCCUGGAAUUAUCCAUUCCAACUCCUUCUUAUGCCUGUUGCUGGUGCAAUAGCUGCAGGAAAUUGUGUGGUUCUGAAACCAUCUGAAAUAGCCAAAAAUUCAGCCAAAGUUAUUGCCGAGUUGAUUCCAAAAUAUUUAGAUACAGAUUGCUAUAAAGUUUAUAAUGGGGGUGUACCUGAGACAACUGCACUCCUCAAGGAAAGAUUUGAUUAUAUAUUCUAUACAGGCUCUUCUGGGGUUGGCAAAAUUAUUCAAGAAGCAGCUGCAAAGCAUCUCACACCAGUUACUUUGGAACUGGGUGGAAAAAGCCCUGUUUAUAUUGAUGAAAGUGUUGAUAUGAACAUAGCUGUGAGGAGAAUCUUGUGGGGUAAACUAGCAAAUGCAGGACAAACGUGUGUUGCUCCCGAUUACGUAUUAUGUACGAAAGAUGUUGAGAAAAAGUUUGUUGAAAUAUCAAAAGGUGUUUUAGAGCAAUGGUAUGGGACUGAUGCCAGUAAAUCUCCUGAUUUUGGACGCAUCAUAAACGAUGCCCACUUUAGGAGAAUCGAGAGGUUCAUCAAAAGUGGCACUAUUGCUGUGGGUGGAAACACGAUUGCUUCUGAACGUUACAUCGAACCAACAAUCUUAAUAGAUGUCAAACCAACUGAUCCUGUAAUGAUGGAAGAAAUUUUUGGUCCAGUAUUACCCAUAAUUACCAUCGGAAAUCUACAUGAAGCAAUAAGAUUCAUCAAUGAAGGAGAAAAACCCCUUGCAAUGUACAUAUUUUCCAGAAAAAAGCUGGAUGUGAAGGUUUUAAUAAACAAUACAUCAUGUGGGGGCAUAUCAGUUAACGAUACUAUUAUGCAUUUGACUGUUGAUACUCUUCCUUUUGGUGGAGUUGGUAAUAGUGGUAUGGGUCAAUAUCAUGGCAAAUAUACUUUCGACACAUUCACCCACAAGAAGUCAUGUCUUUAUAAGAAUUUGGGGGCACUUGGCGAAAAAUUGGGCCAGGCAAGAUAUCCUCCUUAUAAUGAGCGUAAAACAAGAUUCUUGAAUAUACUUCUGAAGAGAAGAAGUCCCAUUUCGUUUGAUUUCAUCCGGUAUUUCGUCGCUUUUGGACUAGGUGCAGCUGCAAUUUAUAUGUAUUACAACAGUCGCAGUUUCAUAAGGAGAACUUAGGCCGUCUCCAUUUUUCGGAAAUAAUUUUAAAUACGUACUAUACAAUGCAAAGUUUUUUUAUAUUAGUUAUAGAAUAUUUUAUUUGAUAUUAUUAAAAAUGUAAGAGAAGAAUUUAUGUUGAACACAAAUUUUUUGUUAUGACUUUGACUUCAACAAUCACUAGCAGCUGAGUUGAGUAAAUUCAUUUGAAUUGGUUGAGGGAAUAAAUGCUUAUAUUAUUAUAAAAGCGUAAAGUAGCUUUUGUAGUUAAGUGAAGAAAAACUUCAUGAUCAAGUUAAAAGUUGAACAGAACUACAGUUUUUAUAGACAAAAUACAUAAAUAAUUAUUAUAUCUCAUUGUUACCAGUAUAUCCUAUGUUGAUAAUUAUUAUAUUGCUUAGAGCUUAAAAUAUCUGAUAUUUUCUAUAUAAAUGAAUUUAUACUUUGUAUGAUUGUUAAUAAAAUAUAAUGAACUAAUUUUUAACCU